AUGCUGGCUUUCUCUGUCUUGUGUCCGACACUGUUGCUCAGCUGCCUGGCUGUCCCCUGGCCGGCCCAGGCAGAGACCCUCUUCCACAGCCGGGACCGCUCGGACCUGGAACCAUCCCCGCUGCGCAGGGCCAAGCCCAUCACUGACCUCCAUGCUGCUCAGAAGUUCUUAUCCAGAUAUGGCUGGUCGGAGGGGCCUUCAGCCUGGGUUCCCAGCCCCAAGGAGCCAGCAGCAGCCCCUGCGGGCCCCACCCUGGCCGAAGCUGUGCGCAGGUUCCAGAGAGUGAAUGCGCUGCCAGCCAGUGGGAAGCUGGACGCAGCUACCCUGGAGGCCAUGAACAGGCCUCGCUGUGGUGUCCCUGACACCCGGCUGCCAGCCCUGUCCACCCCUUCAGACCCACGGCCCAGGGCCCGGUCAAAGCGAUUCCUACAAAUGCUGCUACCCAGGCCAGGUGGGCAGCAGGAGGACUCCUCAGACAGUGGGGCCAUGAGGGCCUUCUCCAAAAAGACCCUGACCUGGAGACUGGUGGGCGAGGCCUACAGCAGCCAGCUCUCUGUGGACGAGCAGAGAUACAUCUUCAGACUGGCCUUCAGGAUGUGGAGUGAGGUGACACCGCUGGACUUCCGGGAGGAUCUCACUGCUCCUGGGGCCACAGUGGACAUAAAACUGGGUUUUGGGAGAGGCCGGCACCUGGGCUGUCCUCGGGUGUUUGAUGGGAGCGGACAGGAGUUCGCACAUGCCUGGCACCUGGGCGAUAUUCACUUUGAUGAUGAUGAGCACUUCACACCACCCACGAGUGACACAGGCAUCAGCCUUCUCAAAGUGGCUGUCCAUGAAAUUGGCCAUGUCCUCGGCCUGCCUCACACCUACAGGAUGGGAUCCAUAAUGCAACCAAAUUACAUUCCCCAGAAACCUGCGUUUGAGCUGGACUGGUCAGAUAGAAAAGCAAUUCAGAGACUGUAUGGUUCAUGUGAAGGAUCAUUUGAUACUGCAUUUGAUUGGAUUCGCAAAGAGAGAAACCAAUAUGGUGAGGUGAUGGUGAGGUUCAGCACCUAUUUCUUCCGCAACAGCUGGUACUGGCUUUAUGAAAAUCGAAACAACAGGACCCGCUAUGGGGAUCCUCUUCCAAUCCUCACUGGCUGGCACGGAAUCCCAGCACGAAAAAUAGAUGCAUUCGUCCACAUCUGGACAUGGAGAAGAGACGAACGUUAUUUUUUUAAAGGAAAUCAAUACUGGAGAUAUGACAGUGACAAGGACCAGGCCCACACAGAUGAAGAAGGAAGAAGCUACCCCAAACUGAUUUCAGAAGGGUUUCCUGGCAUCCCCAGUCCCCUGGACACUGCCUUUUAUGACAGAAGGCAACAGCUAAUUUACUUCUUCAAGGUGUCCUUUGUAUUUGCAUUUGAUGUCAACAGAAACCAAGUACUGAAUUCUUAUCCAAAGAAGAUUACUGAAGUUUUUCCAGCAAUAAGACCACACAACCAUCCCUUUAGAAAUAUAGAUUCAGCUUACUAUUCCUAUGCACAUGGCUCCAUUUUCUUUUUCAAAGGCAAUGCCUAUUGGAAAGUAGUUAAUGACAAAGACAAACAACAGAAUUCCUGGCUUCCUUCUAAUGGUGUAUUUCCAAAAAGGUCUAUUUCAGACAAGUGGUUUGAUGUUUGUGAUGUCCACACCUCCACACUGGACAUGUAAUGAGAAAAACAGGAAAACUCAAACAGGGUAAGAUUUUUUUCCAAGAGAAAAAGUCUGACUUCUUUUACAAAGAAGUGAAUAUAGCUCCCCAAGUUAAAAUCAAUGGGAAAAAAAAAAAAACUUGCUUAAACUUUUAAAAUAUUUGGUUUUAAGAUCAAUUGCUCAGGCAAAACCAAUCAAUUGCCAAAUAAUUUUAUUAACUUUUCAGAAAAUCUCCCCCCACACACAAACAAGCACCCUGAGGCAGCCUCACAUUUGCUUUCGGUUCUUCGUGGAACUCUGCAGCUGCACCCCAACACGUCACCCAGCCCUGCUGCAAGGGAACCGGGGAGCAGGCCAAUGCCAUGGUGUAUGUUUACUGCACUUAAAACAAUGUGAUGGGAAAAGCCACAGAAUUUAAAUUAAGUACCAGGUGCAGUGGUACAUGCCUGUAAUCCCAGCAGCUCAGGAGGCUGAGGCAGGAGGAUC